AUGUGUGAGACUGGAGAUAUAGAGAACAUUAAAAAAGGUGAUGUCGUCAGGAAUGCUGGAGGUGCUGGCAUGAUCAUUAUGAAUUUUGACAAGUAUGGGAACACAACAUCUUCAGAUGCUCACCAUCUUUCUGUAGCAUAUGUGAGCUACAAAGAUACCAUUCAACUUAAAGAUUAUAUUAUGUCAAACUCCACACCAACAGCAAAGAUCACUUUCGGUGGCACUAUAUUUGAUAUUCACCCAUCUCCAACAUUGGCCUCCUUCUCGUCGAGAAGCCCUGCCAAGUAUAACGGAAACAUUAUGAAGCCAGACGUCACCGCACCCGGAGUGAAUAUUCUAUCUACAUGGCCAGUGGAAGUUGGGCUCUUUCCAUCCCAUCUAAAAACAAAGACAUUCAACUUUGCGAGUGGCACAUCCAUGGCUUCACCUCAUGUCUCUGGAAUUGUGGCUCUUAUUAUGAGCAAGUUAAAGUACGAAAACAAGCGUCAAUGGUCAAUACUAGAGAUCCAGUCAGCACUCGUCACUACAAUCAACACAUUUGAUUUAGAUGGAAGACCAAUCUUUGAUGAAGCAACUUUUAAUGAUAGUGCCAACAUUCUCCAACGGGGAGCUAGGCAAGUCAAUGCGACGAAUGCCAUGGAUCCAGGUCUUGUCUACAACAUUGAACUAGAUGAUUAUGUUGCCAAUCUUUGUGGAAUGUUUUCUAAUAACAAUACAGAGGUGCAAAGGUUCACCAAAAACAACAAACAGUGCACUAGAUCCAUCUCUGGUGAGCAACUCAAUUAUCCCUCAAUUGGCAUACUAAUGGCAUCGAGCCCAGCAAGCACCACUAUUAGUCGAACAGUGACGAACGUGGGGGACGCUAGUGAAAUCUAUAAUGCCACAUUCAUAGAGCCACCAUUUGUGAAAAUGUACCUCUCUCAGUACCAGUUUAGCUUCAGCCGAUUAGAUCAACAAAUUACCUAUGAUAUCACAUUCACUAUGAAUGGUUCUCACCCAGGCUCUGGAGUUAUUGGACAAGGAGAGUUGUCAUGGGUGUCCAGCAAGCACAAUGUCAUUGAAAGAAUUCAAUCAGAGAAGAAAGAUUGUUACAAUCCUGCACACAGAAUAUGGUGCUGGUUGUGUUGUUUAUAUUACUGA